AGAGCAGCGCAAGUAUAAUCGUUUGGCUGAUCUGGCUGCGAAGGAGGCAGCACGCAGGGGAACUGUGUGGCUUCUUUUAGUUCAGGACACUGAGGCUGAAACUCCUGUCCCCCGUUACACGACAGAGGAGGUAUCCUGCGCCCAAGCUGCAGGGGCCCGGCAAACCCCCUCUGGGUGGUGGAAACUACCCGGGGGAGAAAUAUUCGUUCCCCGUCCGGUGCUCCAGGAGAUUCUCCAAUCCCUGCAUAAAGAGGGACAUUUAGGAUCGGGAGCGAUGGUUGAUUUGGCUGCCCGAUCCCUUAGAGCAGUGGGUAUGCAUACAGAAGCCCAGAGAAUUGUCAAUAAUUGCUCUGUUUGUCAGCGCACUAACCAGAAGGGAUCUGGCCCCCCUGUUCCACUGGGAGGCCGACCCUGGGCUGCCUACCCCUUUCAAAGGUGGCAAGUGGAUUUCGCUGAAGUACCCCCUUGCCGAGGCUACAAAUACUUGCUUGUUUUUGUUGAUCAGCUUACCGGGUGGGUGGAGUGUUUCCCUACCCGACACUGUCAGGCUCGAGCAGUUACUAAGGCCCUGCUACAUGAAAUACUUCCCAGAUACCACCUCCCUGAAGUAAUUGAGUCAGAUCGGGGAAGUCACUUCAUCUCCCAAGUGGUCCAACAGGUAGCGCAGGCCCUUGGUAUCCAGUGGAAGCUGCAUACUCCUUGGAGGCCACAAAGCUCAGGCCAGGUAGAAAGAAUGAAUAGGACUCUCAAAGAUACUUUAACAAAGCUCUGUAUAGAGUCUGGUUUAAAGUGGCCUGAUGCCUUGCCGCUUGCGCUUACUCGCAUUCGAAGGGCCCCCCGUAAGGGUCUGAGACUCUCACCCUUUGAGUUGGUUUUCGGGUUCCCUCCCCGAGUACUCAUCCCCGGGUUCCGGGAAAAUGUAAGCUGGGAGGUAGGGAAUGACUCUUUGUGGAAACAGGUCUCUGCGCUGCAAUCUGUCUUGUUUCAGCUACACCGGUACGCAGCACCCUUCCAGGCUCUUCCCUUGGAUCGACCCGUGCAUUCGUUCCAGAUCGGUGACCGGGUCUUUAUCAAGAAGUGGAAGCGUGAUCCUCUCACAGCACGGUGGGAAGGCCCGCAUACUGUUUCGCUCAUCAGCCAAGCUGCCGUCAAGGUUCUUGGAAGCGACAAAUGGACGCACUGCACGCGAGUUAAACGCUUUGUUGGCUCGGAUCCAGAGGACGGAUCACCCGAAGAGGACAACAGCCCUCUGCUCCCCCCGGCUCCGGACGCCCGGGGUGACACAGGUGAAGACUCUAACUGGGAGUAUCACGGACUGGAGGGCUUAAAGGGACUCUUUAAAAGAAGGAAACAAUGAAGUUGUUCCUCCUGUUUCUGUUUUGUUUCCUUGCUUGCUCUUAUGGUUGGGAAAACAGGUUUCUGCAGUUAGGAGAGAUAAUUGCAAGUUCCUUUAACCUCACUAACUGCUGGGUGUGCGGUGGCCCAGGGGAAUUGGAUGAAUGGCCCUGGGUAGCCCAGCCAGUGCAGCCCAAGUACUUGCUGAGUAACCUCAGCAUCGUGCAUAAUGGCACGGAGCAAUGGUCCACAGAUAGUAGCCCUUGGCGGCUCUAUUCCGCUGGCAUGGGAAUCUUUUGCCUUAAUCGCACCCGGCGUGGGGGCCGGUAU